UAACACUUCCCCACCACGGUCUUGUCCAUCAGCACCGUCACUAUGAGCGCGCCAGCAUACUAUGAGCUCUACCGUGGGAGCAGCAUCGGUUUGUCCCUCACCGAUACGCUCGACGACCUGAUCAACGAAGGCCGGAUCGAACCCCAGCUCGCGAUGAAGAUCCUGUCGACGUUCGAUCGUGUUAUCACCGAGGUGCUGGCGGACAAGGUGCAGGUUAAGCUGUCUUUCAAGGGACACCUGGACACCUACCGAUUCUGCGACGAAGUCUGGACAUUCCUUAUCAAGGAUGUCAACUUCAAACUGGACAACCAGAGCACCGUCUUUGCGGAUAAGGUGAAGAUCGUCAGCUGCAAUAGCAAGAGGCCUGGAGAGGUUUAAACUACAGAUACCGUGGCGUUUUCGGUCGUUUCUUUUUCUUAUUAUUUGGUAUUUCUUUUUUUUUUGGUUGAGGCUAUGGGUCGCUUGGGA